AUGCCACCAUUAUUAUCGACAGAGUUGAGUUAUGAAGAUUUAUUGAAAUAUUAUCGAAAUAAAAUAAGUUGGUUAUUAACACGUUUAUCAAAAAUUAAUGCAAAUGAUUGCAAAGAAUAUGUUCAAAAACAAUGUCAAAAUAACGAGACAAAUGGUGAUAUUUGUUUGGAUGAAUGGCAAAAUUCAUCAGAAAAAUGUUAUCAAGAUUUAAUAUCACAGAUCGAUCGUUUUAAACGUGUUGAAUGUGAACAUUUUGAACGUUAUUUAGCUUUGGUAAAUGAAUCAUUAUCUGGUAUUGGAUUAUUUUUAACAAAACAUCGUCAAGCAGAAAUGGAAAAUGAUUUAAUAACAUUUCAAAAAGAAUUAGAUUAUUUAAUUAUUGAUUUACAAAUGACAUCAAAUUCAGAUACAAAAUCAGUCCAAUUUAAAAAUUAUUUUUACUCAUUAAAUGGUCUAGAUUUUAAACAUAUGAGACAAAUUGGACAAUCGAAUAAUAUUGAUAAUACAACAAUAAUGGCUGCAUCAUCUUCAUCGAUUUUAUUUUGUUCUCCUCAUUUGAAUUUAUUACAAAUUUAUAAUGAUAAUUUGACUAUGGUAAACAAAUUUUAUUGGCCAUGGAAAAGAGCUGGUCAACUUGUUGAUGUCAAAUGGUUUGAUUUAUUUGAUAAAUAUUUAAUUCUUGUUCAAAAAUCUUCUUUACCUCAAACAAAAUAUUUAUUUUAUCUAAUGUCAAAUGAAACAUAUGUUGUGGAUUUAAUUUAUUCUUUAUCAUCGAGUCAAGGAGUUGGUGAUAAAGUCGCUGGUUUAACAACAUUUAAUUGCUAUGUAUUAGUUGCAUAUAAUAAUGAUGAACAAAAAACAUCAUAUUUACAACGAAUUGAAAUUAAAACAAAAAAACGACUAGUGGGAAAUAUGGAAACAGAGCCAAAAAAAUAUUUAGCAAAUACAAAUCAAAUUCUUCGAUAUAAAAUGGCUGAUUCGAUUGUUAAAUUAUGUUCAAAUAAAUAUUUUGUUGUUUUAUUAUUAUCAAAUCCAUUACGAUUAGAAAUUCGUUCUGAACAUUUGACGCUUAUUAAUUGUUUAUAUUUAGAUGUAGAUGAUAUGGGCGGUCAAAUAAUGGGAAUAUCAAGUGAUCAACGUUUCUCAUUUAUUUUAAUUCUUGAUCAACAACUUAUUUCAUUUGAUCAAAAUGGUUUUAUUUGCUUUUAUAAUUAUGAAAACGAUGAAAAUGAAACAAUCUUAAACGGAAUCAUUUAUAAGCAAAAUCAACUUGUUGUGAAAACAACAAAACAAUUAAAAAUUUAUGAACUAUGUCAAAAAUAUUAA